AGAGCCUACAGUCAAAAACCUGUGAAAAGCAACACGUACAACGGGGGAAAUCGUGCGUCAACAUUCUUAACACUCAUCUGACACCGGAAAGCCUCGCAGAUAAAGAGUGAAAAUUGGGGCGACCGCAGCGAAGGAGGAGAGAAAAGAGCGCGCCAUGGCUGAGAGGAUGAUUGCUUCUCAAAGUAAACCGUGACAGAAUGGUUGACUGUUUGAGCAAAGUCAUGCUGCACACGGUCAUCUCAUGCUGGCAGCCGGUCCUGGGACUGGCCCUCAUGGCCGUCUUCGUGGGCUCUUCCCUGGGGUGCCCUUCCCGCUGCGAGUGCUCAGCGCAGACCAAGGCCGUGGUGUGCCACCGCAAGCGCAUGCCCACCAUCCCGGACGGCAUCCCGGGCGAGACCAGGAUCCUGGACCUGAGUAAGAACAAGCUGACAAUGAUCAACCCAGAUGAUUUUGUGGCCUUCCCGGGUCUGGAGGAACUGGACCUCAGUGGGAAUAUAAUCAGUUAUGUUGAGCCAGGUGCCUUCAACGCUCUCUUCAGCAUGCACCUGCUCAGCCUGAAGAGUAACCGCAUCAAGCUCAUCCCCCUGGGCGUCUUUUCUGGCUUGGCAAAUCUGACUCGGCUGGAUGUCAGCGACAACAAGAUCGUCAUCCUCUUGGAUUACAUGUUCCAGGACUUGCACAAUCUCAAGUUUUUGGAGGUGGGCGACAAUGACCUUGUUUACAUCUCCCACCGCGCGUUUAGUGGACUUUUAAGCCUGGAGACGCUCGCCCUGGAGAGGUGCAACCUCACCGUCGUUCCCACCGAGGCCCUCUCGCACCUUCACAACCUGGUCAGCCUACACCUGCGAUACCUCAGCAUCAGCACUUUGCAUCCGUACUCCUUCAAAAAGUUAUUCCGGCUGCGUAAUUUGGAGAUAGACAACUGGCCCUCGCUGGACCACGUGCCGGCCAACACGCUGCACGGCCUCAACCUGACCACACUCUUCAUCACCAACACUAACCUGUCAUCCUUCCCGUAUCAAGCCUUGAAGCAUCUGCCCUACCUGACCCACCUGAACCUGUCCUACAACCGCAUCCGCCACAUUGAAGGCGGGAUGUUGAUGGAUUUGAUCCGGCUCCGAGAGUUCCACCUGGUCGGCGCUCAGCUCGCCGUUAUUGAACCGUACGCCUUCCAGGGUCUGCGGGGGCUCAAAGUGCUCAAUGUGUCCCACAAUCAACUGGACACACUGGAGAAAGGAGUUUUCCAGUCUCCGGAAGCCUUGGAGGUCCUCCUCAUCAACAACAACCCCCUGGUGUGCGACUGCCGACUAAUGUGGAUCUUACAGAAAAGGCACUCUAUCUUGUUUGGGGAUUCCCAGCCAGAGUGCAACACACCCGAGGGUAUCCGAGGCAGGCCUUUCAGGGAGUUUAAGGAAAGCCUCCUGUCUUACUACGUGACCUGCACCAAGCCUAAAAUACGAGAGAAUAAAACCCAAACCCUCACUGUGGAUGAGGGCCGGCAAGCUCUGCUGCACUGCAGCGCUGAGGGGACCCCAAGACCCACGGUUUCCUGGGUGUCCCCGCGUCGCCGUGUCCUCACCGGGAGAAACCACGGCAGGGUGACGGUCCACAACAACGGCACGCUGGAGAUCAAGUCGGCCGAGGUGCAAGACGGCGGCGUAUACCUCUGUCUCGCUUCCAACACCGCCGGGAAUGACACCCUGAUGACGUCAUUGGCCGUCAAAAGUCUCGGAUCGCUGUACGCAAACAGGACCCAGUACUACACCGAUCCCAGCAACACCACUGCCAACGGGACCGCCGGCGUCAGCCUGGGCUUGGACCUAAAGACUAUUUUAGUAUCCACCGCCAUGGGUUGUUUCACCUUCCUGGGAAUGGUCUUGUUUUGCUUCCUGCUCCUGUUCGUCUGGAGCAGAGGCAAAGGCAAACAUAAAAACAACAUCGACGUCGAAUACGUGCCUCGCUCCAAGUCCAACGGUACCAACGUGGACUCUGCGGACAUCCAAGCCGGUCCUCACCGUUUCAACAUGAAAAUGAUGUGACUUGUUUUAUAAGUGUGGAUUUACGGGAGCUGGAUUGUGGAAAGGUACAUUCUAUUUUUUUUUUUUUGCGAGUGAACCACCGCUGAAGGACGAGUGGGAGCAAAAAAAAAAAAAAAAAAAAAAAAACCCUACUUUGGGGUCUGAUAAAAGACAAGGAGCAGUACCUGAAAUCCGUGGAUAACGCUCGGAUAUAAGGCUUCAAAGAGCAGCGGGACAUCAGAAUUGCCAGCAGGCAACUUCUUGGAAAAGGAGUGAACUGCGUCCAGGGAAUACAUGUCAUUUAUCUCCUUUUUGAAAUUUAUACACCCAAAAAGAACGCCCUUCUAUUCUGAGUUGGAACUCCGGCUGAAACAUGUACAGUACCAAUUUGUACCCAAGCUAAUAACCUUUGUUGAGUCUUGCGCCAUGCUUCUUUACACAACCAAUCAACGGCCGCGACCAUCGUUUCCUAUGUUAAAUACUUUGCCUGUGUGUACCUAAUGCUUUGUUACGUACACCUACUGUAUGUACAAAUGUUCAUAGCAAUAUUCAUGGGAUGCAUUAGCCAAAAUUGAUAUAACCCUAUAUUGUAUGUUCGGCAAAAACAUCCUUCAGACUUUUGGUGUGUCCAUGGAUUCAGGAAGGGCUUCUGUGGGUGAUCAUAUGUCCCUGCUCCCCCAAUUGACUCCUAGAUAAUAGUAAGAAGAAGAAGAAGAAAUAUUUAUCAAUGAAGGUCAAAGAGAAGAUUUUAUUUAUUAAGAAAGUUGAGUAAAACACAGUCCUCAACUGGCGUCCGGUGUGAUACCUGGAUCGAACCAGAACGACCCUUUUUGUCCUAUUUUUGUGUCUUUUUAUUCCUUUAUGUGUACCUUUUUGCCCCCGAGGCGGAAUACAUGCGUCAAUCUUUUGCUACCGUGAUAUUUGCAUCGUUUUCUUUCCCCUUGUAGAGAAUUUGGGCUUUGUUGUGGUAGUUCUUCAUUUUGUUGUUGAAUCAUUUAGAUUGUGAAAAUUUGGGAAAAAAAAGAAAAAAAAAGUUCAAAUAAAAAAAAGAAAAAAAAAGAUGUAUGUGAAAUAAAUGCAGAUGUAUUUGUACCCGUGACUCAACGCCGUUUUAUUGCCGGCAUAAAACGUCGCUGUAAAGCCGGGAGAGGCCAAACCUCUGUGAUGAAAAUAAAAUGGUAUUCACCUGACGUCGCGUCGGGCUCAUUUAAUAUGCGAGACUGGCAAGCGUUCUGGCCACAUGUUGCCUUUCUCGAAGAAAAAUGCCCGUUGCUUGUGUUGUUUUAGGGCAGGGGUGGGCAACCCGAAAUGUUGAAAGAGCCAUAUUGGACCAAAAAUAAAAAUCUGUCUGGAGCCGCAAAAAAUGUAAAGCCUUAAAUAAGUGUUAUAAUAAAGCCAACACAUGAUGUACAGUAAGUGGCUAUAAUAGCCUACUAUCAAAAUGGCUAUGU